CAGAAUCGUUCUCGUUUAAGCUCGUCUCUGUACUGAACAAUUUUCGCGCCAAAUCAGUGGCAACUGUAAGCAAAGUGAAAACGAAUUCGCGAGCCUGAAAUGGCGCUGCUGUGUUUUCUGCUAGAUUUGAGAACCUUGCCUCCUCCCAUCCUCAGCGGCUUAACGGAUUCCUUGUUGCAGCUUGCCAAUCUUUAUGCUAUAUCAUCAUCGUCAUCGGCUGGUAGGAUCGGAUUGUGUUACGUCUUCAAGAAUGCGUCCUCUGGUCCUGAUGAUGCUCUUUUGGAGGUUGCUUACACUCCUAAUAGAAGUUUUAGUCUCCGUGACUUCCACCGCGCUGUAGAGAAUUUGCCAACCGAUGCCUUUAUUCCCCAAAUUAAUGACUACGUAACCGUCUAUGGCCGCGAUGUGAAAUUGUCGGCUGUUUUAAGUGAUCAAGUUCUAUACUCAUGGGGAGGUGAAAAUGUGAAGAGGAAAGUGAUUGUACUAAGCGCAUAUGCACACUAUGAUUUGGAUUCCCACCUGGAAAAGACACUUAUGGAGGCGGCUAACAUGCGUGUUUCAGUUGAGUUUGUCAUCUUUAAGCAAAAAUCGAGCCAUCUCAAUUUCAUUGAAGAGGAUGCUAACGGGCUAAUUAGACGCAUUUCUGACAUUGAUGGCUGCUCUCUUGAAUUAUACCUUCCAGAUGUCAGAGUAUUUCAAAGCCUUGUGAGACAAUGGUUGCACGACCUCAAGGAUGAUAUGAAAGAACCAUUAAUAGCUUGCUUUGAUUUCAAAGGAAACCUCAUUUAUUCCACGAACCAGAUAACCUGCAACUUGUAUAUGACUGUCACGCAGAUGAUUGAUGGGUUUCCCCCUUGUCAGACAUGCAGAUGUCAUGGUAUGCCAUUAGAAGUCUACGGAAGAAAAGAGAUGAAGGAAUCUUCCUGUGCAAUCAGCGGGGAUUUUUUGGAAACCUCUGACGUAAUGAAAAACACAACGAAAGUUGGGGAGAAAUCAAUCCUGUUUCUGCCGUCGUCUCAGUGUCUUACCAAGUCUCAACUAAAUUCUUCACAAAUUAAAUUUGACAUCAUACAACGAACCAACUUGGGAACCUUAUGCGAAAGUGUUAUUAUGGGAGCCUCCUAUGUUGUGGUUCCAUCAUCAGAAUCUUCUUCAGCAGGAAACGAUGAGUUUGAGUUGAACGCUUUAGCUUUUCGUGGACUUUGUGGUGCUCUCCACUCACUAGAUCAGGGUUUGGUUUGCCUAUCAAAUUGGAAUAUGGAGACCUUAAAUGAAUCUACUUUCCCUUGCUAUUAUAUUCUACAGCCAUCACAAAAUGGAUCAAUGUUUCUUAGGCGUCUUGCUGGCUCUGAGGAAGUUCUCUAUGUACCAGACAUCAAGACUUUGAUUACGGCUCAUGUUUGCCAGGAGAUCCAAAGCUCCAUUCUUGUCUCGUUGGAGAAGGUUGAACUAAAAGACUACAAUCCGUUGAUGCAUGAAAGAGGCCUCCACCAAAAGUUGAACGUUCUUGUGAAAGAAAGUUUGGAGUUCAGGUCAUUAACUCCUAGGUCAGAAGAGGGAACCUACGGCAAUGAAUCAAACGGCCCAGAUUAUUUGAAAGGGAUUGUGAACUCUGUAAAAGACGUUGAAAUUGUAACCGCAAUGGACUGCAUAGAAGCUGGAGUUGCUGAAACUUGGGAGCAGCUAGUUACCCAUGAAUUCCCUGAAACAUGUCCAGUUUAUGUCUCCAAAGACAAGCUGGAUCGACUUUCUCUCUCGCCACCCGAUGGCAACAAACAAUUGGCUGUGAAAACGUCAAGGAUUUUAGAGAGACUUGAGAUACCAAGACAGAGAACUAAGGCUACAUCUCCUAAUACCAUCAGCAUUGACUUGGUUGAUCCAAAUAGUCCAACGAAGAAGCCACCAAUCCCAUUGGUGCCAGUUCUGGCCCGAGACCAAGGCUUCACAGGUACUCAAACUCAACUAAUGAAACCAAAUUUCAACAAACUCAAAAGAAAACGUACAUGACCACCCCUACCCCCAAAAUACUUUUCUUUUUUAUGGAGAGUGUCUUAGAGUUAUCUGAUGUUGACCACUAUUAAAUUUUUCACAAGUAAGAAAGAGGAACACAGAAAGGACGUGAAAAAAGGGAGAUUCUUUCUUUUUUUAAUACUUACCUACUCACUAGACACUAGUGAAUGAAUAUCUCUUAGUGACCACCUAUAUAUAUAUAUUUUACAACUAGGAUAGUGGAAUAGAGAAAGAGUGAAAGAGUUCUACUAAUUUUUUUAGAAAAUAAAUAGUUCUAAAUUUUUAGUAGGAUAGCUACUAACUUGUGAGAAUAGAUUUCAAAUUCCUAGUAGUAGUUAAUUGAAGUAUUGCCUUUGAUGGGUGUAUAUAUGUGUUAUUUCUUUUUACUGGUUUGGAUAGGAUGGAUAGGGCUGAGUGCUUGACUGAAAUAUGAUUAAUGUGCAUGUUCUACUCAAAUCCAUAAUGGAAACCAGAGUCGGUAUUUGUUGAGGUUUCGUGCAA